UAAACACGCCUGAGAGUUCAAAAGAUUACCGGACAGUCUUCAAGUAGCCCAAGUAGCCUAUCUAUAGUUGCUCGCCGCCGGCUUCGCAGAAAGAGUAUAUCGAGCGGUGCUUACGGUCGCUCCUUCAGAAGGGACAUCUGUUUCGAGAAACGCCCUAUUUUACGCAUUCGUCUAGAAGCUGCCGAGGAUGAAGAUCGAGCGAGCCAGCGAACGCAGAAAUGAUCUGGGCGAGGGACCUCACUGGGACUGUCGCAGCUCUACCCUGAUCUACAACGACGGGAAGAGAGGAGAAAUUGUGCGGUUCGAUCCUGGGACCAAAACAGAGACCGACAUCAUUCAGCUCGAUGGCGAGAUCGGCAACAUGAUUCCUUACGUCGAAGACAACCGCAAGCUUAUGGUCUGUAUGGAUAAUGGCAUCUACAAACUUGACCUCGACACCAGGGAUCAGACCCUUCUUGCGGAGAUGCUGGAUCCAGAAUCUCCGGUGCGAACCAGAAUCAACGACGGCAAGUGUGACGCUAAGGGACGUCUCUGGGCCGGAACAAUGCCAAGAUUGGUCGACCUGGAGAGGUCUGCCCGAGGAGUCAACAACUUCUACUGCUAUUCCAAGGGGAAGGUAACCUUGAAGAUGCCGCAGAUUUCUCUGUCCAACGGUAUCGCGUGGACUUCGGACAACCGGACCAUGUUCUACAAUGACUCCGUACCGGGAACCACGUACGCCUUCGACUUCGACCUCGGCACCGGAGACAUAAGCAAUCGUCGCGUGUUCAUCGAUUUCAACCGUACGCCCGGGUACGAGCACCUCGGAAUUCCCGACGGCAUGACCAUGGACGUCAACGACAAGAUAUGGAUGGCCUGCUUCGGCUUUGGCUCCGUCAUUCAGAUCGACCCGGAAACAGCUAAAAUCCUGAACACAAUCAAAGUUCCGGCCAAGUACACCACGUCAUGUUGCUUCGGCGGCAAGAACUACGACGUUCUUUACGUCACUUCCGCUUCAUACUUGGAAGACGCCACGCAGCCUGGUGACGGAUUGCUUUACCAGGUUACCGAACUUGGUGUCAAAGGAAAGGCCGCCUUUGAAUUUGCCGGUUAAUGUUCGAGCCUUCUCUGUGGAAUAAUUAUCCGGUCUGUUUUACUAAAAUUGUCAAAACUGUGUCCAACAGAACAAAAAAAAAAAAAAAAAAAAGCCAUUGAAUUAUAGUGUUAUCUUUUGAUUUGAGGUAUUGGAUGUAAUAAUAAAACAUUUCAAGCAA